AUGAUGAACAAAGGAGUGCUGCAAAAAGUGCCAAUAAAACCUCGAUUUUUUGCAAGUGUUUUGAAGCUUUUGUUAUCGACUGCUAAUAGUAUAGGAGACGAUCUCAAGCCCACAUUGCAAAAACACCUGAAAAUAGACAAGAUCUUGGAAGACGAGCAAGCACUGGAUGCUGUGAGCAAGAAGAUCAAUUCGGCUUGCCAAAAGGUGUGCGGCAAGUCAGCAAAGCGAGUGCUCGAUGCUGUUCAAAAAGCCUUGGCGUAG